CCCGUCCAAAAGUUUUCGGAUAAGAUGAUGGCCUCGAUAUAUCCCGACUGGAGUAGGUGUCACAGCCCCGCCCUAUCCCAGACGUAGGACAUCAAAGAGCAACAGGACUGUCCGGUCUUUCGGAUGUUGUUCUCUCUCGUUGAUCAUCCGUGGAUAUCUUCACCCCGAAGACUCAACGCUAGUAAACCAGAAUCAAGAUGGCCCACAAAAUGGCCCUAUUGAAUAAUAAAACGACGAGCAUUCGUCUACUCAGCACGUUCAGCAUCCUCAUUCUUCUCGUGACUAUUGACAUCUAUUUUUCCGUGCUCUCGCCGACGAGUUGUGACUUGGUCAACGAGCCAUUUGCACAAAAUGUCUCCUCAAAUCGUCCUGAUCAGGAGAGGCUGGAACUCCAAGACGAAAGUCUAGGCCCGGGCCAGAGAGGCAGAAAUGGUAUUGUCUUUCAAGAAACCAAGGACUUGAAGGACACGAGCGUCGCAGGUGACAAAAAUUGGGACAAUCUCUUUGCCAGCGACGGUUACUUAUAUGUGAAACCAAAGAAUGCAUCAUUUCCCCGGGAGCCUUGGGGUGUAAGCAUGUUUCAUGGUUUGCAUUGUCUCCAAAUACUUCGAAACAAGAUCCAAAACCUAGAGGAAGAAGCGAGCCAGUCUGGUAGCGAGACUCUUGAGAAACAGGAGAAACAUGGGCACCACCAUGAUGGAGCUGAUGAAUCCGACAUUUCUGAUGACCAUUACAAGCAUUGUUUCUCCUACCUCGUGCAGUCAAUUAUAUGUGCAGUUGACGACACAAUCGAGCCUCCACAUAUCCACACAUAUAAGAAUGGCAGUUAUAAGGAGUACAGUAUCGAUGGUGUUGGUACCUGGCAUCAGUGCCGGGAUCAAAGUCUGAUACGGAAGAAGAUAUUGGAGAGUGAAGAAAAUACACUUGAGCGUUGGGAUUAUAAAGUCGGGGAUACUGUGCAGAGCGUCUGGGGAUAG